CUUCAUUCUGACACUUUGCACUGGUGGCAAAUUGUGCAUCACUUGCCUCUAUUUCUCUUACACACCUGAAUCUUCAGUUUCAUAUUCCAAAUCACCUCAAUCAGCAUGUUCCUUACAACGUCCUGGUCUUUUACCUUGUUUUUCUCUCCGAUGCUAUCCAGCAAUGCAUAUUCCAUUCCAAUCCAAAGACAGCAAAGCCGAAGUACACUUAUUCAUCCUAGUGCAAAGCACAGUGUCCAUUUAUUCCAUGCAGGAAAGCCUGAAGGUGGUGAUUUUCACCGCAGUCCAGUACAUGCUGGAUAUAUGACAGAUAGCAUCUAUGCUGCUGCGCAAUUUGUAUGCCAUGCACCAGAUCAGGAUGACGGAUCCACGCAGACAAGUGCUUAUGUUGUUGAGUUCUCUUGGGAUGGGGAUGAACAUGUACAGGAAUUCACAGCAAAGGAUAAUUCUUGGAUCGAGUUCCAAAUGUACAACAUUGAUACAACUGGGACUGACACUAAGCCAGCCUCAUACGAUAGUAUUAUGGCCAAAACAAUGGUGACUGGCCCCAUGGAUCUCUCAACAGUGCUUGAUGAUUCUAUAGAUGAUCACCUCACUGAGAGUUUCUGGCAGUAUGCCAUUCUCGCACAUCAAGAUCCUCAGAAGAAAUACACUUAUUCUGACAAGCUCAAGCCAUUGACGGUUCAUGAAGUGUACUGUGACCAUGUACCAAUAGGGAAUGCACUUACAGAUAAGAUGUAUGCUAUGGGGCAGCAAGCAGAUUCUGAUUUUGAGGCAACUGUUAGGAUGCUUACAACCAAGACAAAGAAGUAGCCAGAGCAGUAGGCAGCAGGUUCAUGGAGUAGCAAAGUCUAGUAAUUUGUGGACAUGAUGCAAUUAGAUCCAAUAUUGUAUUUGAUAU